ACGUCUGGAGCAGCAGAGAAAACAGGAUUUCCCCGUACCGCUGCUGCCUGAAUACACAACUGGUGAUGUGGCGAAGCACGUCUCCUCAUCAUCGGUAUCAGCUGCAUCGCAGCAAGAAGUGAAGUCGGUCAGACAGGAAGUGAUCUGCCUGGACUCCAGCAGCACUGGCAUCAGCGAGGAUGAGGGCAAGACUAACGUAACCACCUCCACUACCACAGAGCACACACACAAAAGAGAUGUGAUCGAUCUGAGCUCAAGCGAGGACGACGCCAUCGUCCACAUUAGCAGCGCGUCCACCAACGAGGAAGAAGAGAGCGAGCCGAGCGGCGCACACGCAAACGACACCCUUAACCGACCAGACGCCCAGGGCAGGGUGCUGGUCAACUUGAACCAUCCAUCCGAAGAGAAGGACGUGUUCCUCUCACCUCAACUGGCGCGAGCUGUCAAACCUCACCAGAUCGGGGGGAUCCGCUUCCUGUACGACAACCUGGUGGAGUCCGGGGAGCGGUUCGGCAGCAGCACCGGAUUCGGCUGCAUCCUCGCUCACAGCAUGGGCCUGGGCAAAACGCUGCAGGUCAUCUCCUUCAUCGACGUCCUGUUCAGACACACCCAGGCUCACACCGUGCUCGCCAUCGUACCUGUGAACACGUUGCAGAACUGGCUGUCAGAGUUCAACAUGUGGAUCCCACCCCCAGAAGCGUUACCACCAGAUACUGACCUGGGACUGGUGACGCCUCGUACCUUUAAGGUUCACAUCCUCAAUGACGAACACAAGAACACUGCAACCAGGGCCAAGGUGGUGGAGGACUGGGCACGGGACGGAGGGGUGCUGCUGAUGGGCUACGAGAUGUACCGCCUCUUAUCGCUGAAGAAGAGUUUUGUGGCUGGAAGGAAGAAGAAGAGCAAGAAAACAACGGGACCUGUGGUCAUCGAUCUGGAUGAAGAGGACAGGCAGCAGGAACUGCUCAAAGGUAUCGAGAGAGCCUUGGCCCGGCCUGGUCCAGACGUGGUGAUCUGUGACGAAGGCCAUCGCAUCAAGAACUGCCAUGCCAGCACAUCGCAGGCUCUGAAGAACAUCCGAACCCGACGCCGCGUGGUCCUGACCGGCUAUCCCCUCCAGAACAACCUGAUCGAGUACUGGUGCAUGGUCGACUUUGUUCGACCAGACUUCCUAGGCACGCGGCAGGAGUUCAGUAACAUGUUUGAGCGUCCCAUUCUGAACGGGCAGUGUGUGGACAGCACACCUCAAGACAUCCAGCUGAUGAGGUACAGGAGCCACGUCCUGCACAGCCUGCUGGAGGGCUUUGUACAGAGGCGAGGUCAUGACGUCCUGAAGGACCAGCUGCCCUCAAAAGAGGAACAUGUGAUCCUGGUGCGUCUGUCACCCCUGCAAAGGGCGCUAUACACAGAGUUUAUGAACCGCUUCAGAGAAGCAGGAAACACCGGCUGGCUCAGCCUCAACCCGCUGAAGGCUUUCUGCGUCUGCUGCAAGAUCUGGAACCAUCCAGACGUGCUGUACGAGGCUUUACAGAAAGAAAACCUGGCAAGCGACCAGGACUUGGACCUUGAUGACAUCACUACCACAGGUCCCGCCCGAUGUCCAGCCACACCCAAUCAAAAGUCCAAGCCCCUGGAGAAUCCUAACCCCAUUGGUGGACUGAGUCUCAACCAGCUGCAGGAGAAAGCCAAUCAGGUCAUCACUUACGAAUGGGCAAAGGACAUCAUGUGUGACUACAGACCCGGCAUCCUGGAGAACUCAGCAAAAAUGGUGCUGCUGUUCCACCUGAUAGAGGAGAGCGUCAGAAAGGGAGACAAACUCCUCGUCUUCAGUCAGAGUUUGUCCACGCUGACAGUGAUCGAGGAUUUUCUGGCUAAGAGACCAGUACCCCCAUCGCCCAACAUGUCCGACAGAGACAGACCCAACCAGAACUGGGUCCGCAACCUCAACUACUACAGACUGGAUGGAAGUACAACAGCCUCAGAGAGAGAGAGACUUAUAAACCAGUUUAAUGAUCCAUCCAACACCUCAGCUUGGGUCUUCCUGCUGUCAACCAGGGCCGGCUGUCUGGGCGUAAACCUGAUUGGGGCAAACCGCGUGGUAGUGUUCGACGCCUCCUGGAACCCAUGCCAUGACGCCCAGGCCGUGUGCCGCGUCUACCGCUACGGUCAGAGGAAGCAGUGUCAUAUUUACCGGCUGGUGUGCGACUUCACGCUGGAGAAGAAGAUCUAUGACCGACAGAUCUCCAAACAGGGCAUGUCAGACCGGGUCGUGGAUGACCUGAACCCCGUGCUGACUUUCACCAGGAGGGAAGUGGAGUCUCUUCUUCAUUUUGUGGAGGAGGAGCCGGACCCCUCCCAGAUCCAGUUGCAUCCCCAGGACGGCAUGGAGAGCGUCCUCAGGAAGGCGUUGCACUUCUAUCCUCACCUGAUUACUAAGCUACCAUUCCCCCACGAGUCCCUGCUGAUAGACCGCAGGGAGCUGAAGCUGAGCAACGCUGAGAAGAAAGCAGCGAAGAAAGGUUACGAAGAGGAAAAGAGGGCCUCUGUGCCAUACACCCGCCCGUCCUACGCUCACUACUACCCUGCCAGUGACCAGAGCCUCACCAACAUCCCCGCCUUCAGUCAGAGAAACUGGCGUCCACCUCCUCGUACUGAAGAGAAGCCAGUGUCCAGUGUGCGUCCAGUUCAGUCAACUCCAGUUCCCAUGAUGCCCCGACAGGCAUCUGCUGGCUCGGCUCCAAGCGACGAUUCAUCAGGAUCCAGCCUCGGAGGUUUCCCCGUUAACUGCCUGCAAAAAGCUGGGGUGUUUGUACAGAGGAUCGUCACCACUACUGACAUCGUGAUUCCAGGCACCAACAGCUCAACAGAUGUCACGACCAGGAUCACAGCUGGAGAGAGUAUCCAUGUCAUCAGGGGCACCAAAGGGACUUACAUCAGGACGUCUGACGGACGAAUCUUUGCCAUCAGAGCAGCUAAUAAGGCCAAGACUGCAGAUGAGAGUGCUACUGCGCCACCAAAAGACUCACAGGCCGCACCAGAGGAAGUGUCAACCAAUGGCAGUAACGGUUGCCUGUCACCUGACAGGAAGCAGACUCCCUCCAAGACUAUUCCCCGCCCUCUUUCCCCUGACAGCCCAGAGAUCAUCAGCGAGUUGCAGCGCUACACAAGUGGCACAGGAGCCGGUGCCACUGCAGGUGCCGGAGCUCAACCAGAGGGGGCAGCAGAGAGCAACCUGCCUUCCACCAAACCGGUGCAGACCAAUGGCAGCAGUGGGAGCAGUUUUGCAAGUGGAAAUAUGAGCCACCAAGAUGCCUCUGUGACUAAUGUAAUCCAACCCAACAUGGAUGCCACUGCCGCCCAGGACCUGAGAACAGGCUCCAAGCGCAAAGCCUCUACCCCGUCCCUGGAUGAGCGGCCCAGUAAACAGCCCUCUGCAGGCAAACACUCCUCAGCCACUCUGGCCUCACAAGGCUUCCCCUUCACUGGGGGCUACGGCCUCCCCCCUCUGGGCCUCAACCCCGCCAUUUUGGGUGGGUCACUGAGGCACCCGCUCUUCAUGGGGGCAGGCUCGCCUUACUUCCAGCCCCCCCACACUCAACUAGGGGACCCCACUUACAUGUACCCAGAUCUGUUUGGCUUUGGCGGAGCCAGUGCAGUCCCCACCUCCUCCUCCUCAACCACAACCACUGCUACCGCCGUCUCAUCUUCCUCAUCAUCAUCUUCUGCAUCAGUCAAAGCUGCCAGUUCGGUUCCAGGAGCCCUGCCGCCGUUCAUGCUGAGCCCCAGCAUGGCGGGCAUGGCUGGGAUGCUCCCGCCGGGCUUCCCUCUCUCUUACAGUCAGUCCCUGGCAAGCCUCUACACAGGGUCGAUGCUCCCGGGCGGGCUGCCGGGUCCCGCUGCCACACCGGGUCCAGCCGGAGCCAGCUUCCUCUCUCAUUACCCUCCCACCGCUGCCUCCGGUUCCUCCUCAUCUUCUCCUUCCUCCUUCUCCCCCUCAGCACGGUCUGAGGGCCACCGAGCCCCAGUGCUAGUGAAUGGUGGGAAUUUUAGCAGCGCCAGCAGCUCGGAUGAUGACGAUGAUGUAAUUGAGGUGAGAGGACAGUGACCGAUGAGUGAUGUGGUUGUUUUGAGCCAGCUUGAUUCAAUUUAAUAAUCAUCAAAAUAGGAUGACAUCCUAUUUACCAGGAUACAGGCUUUAAAGUUGCCUGUGGCCGAGGCUGCGAGGGAAAUGGACAAAAAAUGAAAGACAAUUGAAGUACUGACAACUGAGUCCCUGCUAAAGUGUUUUCUCUGUUCGUCUCUACUGCCUUGGAGAAACAGUCUGAGUGGGGAUUGAACACAGACUGGACACAGAGCGACAAAUCUUUAUGCUGAAUAUCAGAAGCUAAAACCUGAGGAAGAAAAAAAGCUCCAGAUGGAACAAGAAAAUGAAAAUCUAAGGACUUUGGGCUUUUAAGUUUUUGUCCAAUACUGGCAUUGAAAUACUGAUCACUGGACUUAGUACUGCUGAGUGUGGGCCUGCAGUGACCACAAAGCAGCCACUAGUUGUACUGUUGACUUUAGAGAUUCUAGUUCUGCAGCUUUGCUAAAUGUCAAGACUCUUUUGCUUUUUUCAGCUAAUUAACAAGAGGACAGUAUGUUGGAGUUGCUUAUAUUAUAAAAAAAAGUUUGAGAAUUAAGUUAGCUGGUAGUGACGUUUGUUAAAUAUCAGUAACUGAAAUGUUUGUCACUUGUCGAAUAUUGCUACUGAAUUCUUAAAAUAGUAAAACUAAAGGUAGAAUGAUCAAACAGAACUUUAAGAAAGAAUUUUGAUUUACUCAAUAACUCACUGCCAGUACAGGGGGUAUUGUACAUUUUUGCUUUUGAAGAAAAAAAAAAUGGGGUCAUCUUGAAUCAUUGAAGUUAAGGCUUUUUGAGGAUGAGGUUAAAGACAAUUACUGCAACCUUUACA